AGUGGGCCUCUUUGUUGCUGCCUGCGUGAAGGGGACCCUCCUCCUAGCUGAUGUCUGAGCGGCACCACUACCUCCUGCGUCUGCACUUCCAUGUAGCUGGGAAGGCUUUGGGGUUGUUGUCUGGGUCUCAGGGCAGAGCCUGCUGGAGGCACUGGAAGUGGAUUGGUUCCUGGUCAUGCCCGGUGGAAGGAGGGGACCCAGUCGGCAGCAGCUAAGCCGUUCAGCUUUGCCUUCUCUCCAGACUUUGGUUGGCGGGAGCUGUGGCAACGGCACUGGUCUGAGAAACAGGAACGGUAGUGCAAUCAGCCUCUCAGCUCCUCCCAUCACAGCCCUGAUCACCCCAGAGCCUGUGCGUCACUGCCGGAUCCCUGACCUGCCACUGGACGGGAGCCUUCUCUUCGAAUUCCUCUUCUUCAUUUACCUGCUAGUGGCCCUCUUUAUUCAGUACAUCAAUAUCUACAAGACAGUCUGGUGGUAUCCCUACAAUCACCCUGCCUCCUGCACCUCUCUGAAUUUUCACCUCAUUGAUUACCACCUGGCGGCAUUCAUCACAGUGAUGCUGGCGCGGAGGCUGGUGUGGGCCCUCAUCUCCGAGGCCUCCCAGGUGGGCGCAACGUCAGUGAUUCACUACAUGGCACUGAUUAUGGCGCGCCUGGUGCUGCUCACGCUGUGCGGUUGGGUGCUCUGCUGGACUCUGGUCAAUCUCUUCCGCAGCCACUCUGUGCUCAACCUCCUCUUCUUGGGCUACCCGUUCGGUGUCUAUGUUCCCCUGUGCUGCUUCCAUCAAGACAGCAGAGCUCAGCCUCUCCCAACGGACUGCAGCUACCUGGUGCAGGAUCAGAUGGUGGACGAUGGUACCUCAGGCGUUGGCAGCCUGGUCAAACCCAAAGACUUCCUCUCGCUCCUGCGGGAGUCCCUGAAAGAACAGUUCAAUAACCCUACGGCCAUCCCCACCCACAGUUGCCCCCUCUCCCCAGACCUCAUCCGCAAUGAGGUGGAGUGCCUGAAAGCGGACUUCAACCGCAGGAUCAAGGAGGUUCUCUUCAACUCCCUCUUCAGUGCCUACUAUGUGGCCUUCCUGCCGCUGUGCUUUGUGAAGAGCACCCAGUACUACGACAUGCGCUGGUCCUGCGAGCACCUCAUCAUGGUGUGGAUCAGCGCCUUCGUUAUGCUCACCACGCAGCUGCUGCCCCCCAAGUACUGCGACCUGCUGCACAGAUCAGCCGCCCACCUGGGCAAAUGGCAGAAGUUAGAGCAUGGCUCCUACAGCAACGCUCCACAGCACAUCUGGUCAGAAAGUACCAUUUGGCCACAGGGCGUGUUGGUGCGACACAGUCGAUGCCUGUACAAGGCAGUGGGGCCUUAUAAUGUAGCAGUGCCUUCAGACGUCUCCCACGCCCGCUUUUAUUUCCUCUUUCACCGCCCAUUACGGCUGCUCAACCUGCUUAUCCUCAUCGAAGGCAGCGUGGUCUGCUACCAGCUGUACUCCCUGCUGCGCUCUGAGAAGUGGAACCACACCCUCUCCAUGGCCCUCAUCCUCUUCUGCAACUACUAUGUCUUAUUUAAGCUCCUCCGGGACCGGAUAGUAUUGGGCAGGGCCUACUCCUACCCCCUCAACAGCUACGGACUCAAGGCACAUUAACCUGCCAAACGCACCCAAGGGGUGGGAGGGAAGGGAACCUCAAAAAAACUAUUUUCGUACAGUUCUAUUUUUUUCUUGCGCUGUUUAUAAAUAUUUAAGAUAUUUUAUAUUUUGUAUACUAUUGUUUUUUUGGGAUGGGAAGGGGGCAAGUGGCAAUUAAAUGUCGCUUUAUAAACAA